UAAAAGCGAAGAAGAAAUGUUAUUCAAUUGUUUAAAUUUCAAUUUAUACAUGAAGUAGAAAAUAUACUAUUAAUGUAAAUUUAAUAAAAAAAAUAUAAGUUUUGCCUAUGAUGUUUAAAUGUUAUAAUCACUUAUUGACGUCUGUUAAGUAUGGACAGACUAAUUAUUCAUCUAUUAAUUUAUACAAACGUAAAAUAGUUUCUGUAUACAAUAAAAUCCAAAGAAAAUUUGAGCAUAGUGAUUGUGCUGCACAAAUACCUAAAAAAACAAAUGAAUCCAAUGCACCCGACCAUAGAAAAAUCGGUAGAGAACAAGAAUUAUUUUUCUUUCACGAAAUGUCUCCCGGUUCAUGUAUUUUCCAACCUCGCGGUGCUCAUAUAUAUAAUACUUUAGUGAAUUUUAUUAAAAAAGAAUAUGUUAAAAGAGGAUAUCAAGAAGUUAUAUCUCCAAACAUAUACAACAUCAAAUUAUGGCAGACUUCUGGCCAUUGGUCACAUUAUGCAGAACAUAUGUUUUCAUUUAAAAUAGACAAUGAUACAUUUGCACUGAAGCCAAUGAAUUGUCCAGGACAUUGUUUAAUUUAUGAAAAUCGCAUAAGAUCUUGGAAGGAGCUACCUAUUCGUCUAGCUGAUUUCGGUGUACUUCACAGAAAUGAACUUUCUGGUGUCUUAACAGGUCUGACAAGAGUGAGAAGAUUUCAACAAGACGAUGCCCAUAUUUUCUGCACACCUGAACAAAUCGAGGAUGAAAUAACUGAUUGUUUAGAAUUUGUGGAAUAUGUCUAUUCAACAUUUGGAUUUACAUUCGAAUUGAGUUUGUCAACGAGGCCAGAAAAGUAUAUGGGAAAUAUAGAAUUAUGGAAUUCAGCUGAGAAGGCACUAGAAACAAGUUUAAAAAAACUGAAUCGUCAGUGGACGUUAAAUCAACAGGACGGAGCUUUUUAUGGACCUAAAAUAGAUAUAACCAUCAAAGAUGCACUUGGUAGGCCUCAUCAAUGUGCGACUAUCCAGUUAGACUUUCAAUUACCUAUCAGAUUUAAUUUAUCUUAUGUAAACGAUCACGGAGAGAAAAAGAAACCAGUAAUGAUUCAUCGAGCAAUAUUAGGUUCUGUCGAAAGGUUUAUAGCUGUUUUGACUGAGUCCUACAGGGGAAAAUGGCCGUUCUGGUUAUCACCGAGACAAGCUAUGAUAAUUCCAAUCAGAUCUACCUGUAACGAAUAUGCCAUAGAAGUUAAACAAAAACUUCACAAUGCUGGGUUCAUGAUCGAAUUAGAAAAUGAUUUUAGUAAUACACUUAAUAAAAAAAUUAGGAACGCUCAACUUGCACAGUUCAAUUUUAUUCUAAUAGUAGGAGAAAAAGAAAAAAGUGAUAGAACCGUUAAUGUGAGAUCUAGGGAUAAUAAUGUUUGCGGAGAAUAUACAUUGGAUGUUUUAAUAAAUAAAUUUAACAACUUAAAAACUGAGUUUGCUAUAAAAUAAAAUAUAUUUCGAGAAA